UUUUAAACUUGCAGAAUAUUAAACAUUUACAUCGUUGAUCAGUGAAUCCAAAUGGCUGGAACUGUUAGCUCUGAGUCGAAGACCACAGAAAAGGCUCACCUUAUUUACCGGUGCAAGAAAUGCCGAAGAAUUGUAGCUUCAGAUGAGAAUAUUGUUUCCCAUGAGCGGGGAAAAGGAGAAGCAAGUUUCAAAUGGAAGAAGAGAAAUGAGAACACAGAUAAGCAACCAGUGGAUUGUACCUCAGUAUUUGCUGAACCCAUGAAGUGGAUGCAAACAGUUAAUGAGGGCCAUGUAGAGGAAAAACUUUUCUGUUUGGGAUGCAAUGCUCAUUUGGGUUACUUCAACUGGGCAGGUAUGCAGUGUAGCUGUGGAGCAUGA